AUGGCUUCCAAUUCUCUUUAUGAUAUGCUUGUAAAUGACUCUGACUUCUCUGAAUCUGAUGAUAAUUUGGAGAUGCUCAAAGCUAUUACUAUGGAUGAAAAACUACUAGAUAGUGAGAUAGGAUCAAGCUCACGUUGUGGUUCUGAUGUUCGGAUGAAGCGUUCACUUUUUCUUCGAAUUCAAGCUGCAGUAGAAGCACAUGACCCAUACUUUCUUCAAAAAAGAAAUUGUGCUGGAAAGCUUGGUUUGUCUUCUCUUCAGAAGAUAACUGUUGCACUUAGGAUGCUUGCUUAUGGAGUAGCCACUGAUUUUAUGGACGAAUAUGUGAGAAUUGGAGAAAGCACUGCAAUAGAAAGUUUAAAAUAUUUUGUUAAAGCAGUUGAUAUUUUUUCUAAUGAGUAUUUGAGGUCAUCAAACAGCCAUGACAUCGCUAAACUGCUAGUGGUUGGUGAAAGUUGUGGAUUUCCUAGGAUGUUGGGGAGCAUUGAUUGUAUGCAUUGA